GUGAAAGGCAGGGAAGGAGCAGCAGUCAUGGAUGAUGUAUAUAAAGCAGCGUAUGUGUGAUGAGCUCAGACAGAGGGAGGCUGCUGUGCUCAGUCUGUGGCCAACACAAAGACAGCUCAGGGAAAGAAGAGAAGGGACAGCUGGUUGCUAUUAAAACAAAUGACCCAGCCAGACAGCAGCAUGUGUCAAAAAUCCCCCCUUUGUACUACCACACAACAAGAAUAGUUGAGAACUUGACAGAGGAGCAGAAAAAUGAGUUUAAGGCUGCGUUUGACAUCUUCAUCCAAGAUGCAGAGGAUGGCUGCAUCAGCACCAAAGAGUUGGGGAAGGUGAUGAGAAUGCUGGGACAGAAUCCCACCCCAGAAGAGUUACAGGAGAUGAUCGAUGAGGUGGAUGAGGAUGGCAGUGGCACAGUGGAUUUUGAUGAAUUCUUGGUCAUGAUGGUCCGCUGUAUGAAGGAGGAGAGCAAAGGAAAAUCAGAGGAGGAAUUGGCUGAACUGUUCCGCAUGUUUGACAAGAACGGAGAUGGCUACAUAGAUUUAGAAGAGCUGAAGGCCAUGCUUGAGUCCACUGGAGAGGCCAUCACAGAAGACGACAUUGAAGAACUGAUGAAGGAUGGAGACAAAAACAACGAUGGAAAAAUUGAUUAUGACGAGUUCCUUGAGUUCAUGAAAGGAGUUGAAUAAACAAUCCAGCGUCCUCAAAUUGCAGCAUCUUCCAUUCCUUAAGACAUCAUUCCACCUUGUGUCUGCGUCUAACAAAACCAACUGUCCUGUCACCUAUUCUCAAAGAACCCCACCCAGGCCCUGAAAGGUCAUUGACCGACUGACUGAAAUAGUUUUACUUCUGAUAGCGAUGAUUCAUCAAAAUGUCAUAAAGACUGUUAAUUAAAAAGAUUAUUAUAAUUGUG